CCUCCCAGCCCUGACCUGGCUGAUAGAGAUCAGAUGGUGACUGGAUAGAAGCCUCCCCAGUCUUGGGUCCAUGAUGUACGCACCAGUUGAAUUUUCAGAAACUGCAUACCCACGAACUGAAUACCACAGACGACAACAACAAUUUUGGGACCCUAUUCGACUGUCUCUUUUCACGUUGGCAAUCGCGGCAAUUGUAGGAAUCACAAUUGGCAUUGUCACUCACUUCGUUGUUGAAGAUGAUAAGUCAUUCUAUUACCUUGCCUCUUUUCAAGUCACAAACAUCAAAUACAAAGAAAAUUACGGGAUGAGGUCAUCAAGAGAGUUUAUAGAAAGAAGUCAUCAGAUUGAGAGAAUGAUGUCUAGGAUGUUUCGACGUUCUUCUGGAAUGGGUCGAUUUAUCAAGUCCCAUGUGAUCAAGAUUAGUCCAGAUGAACAGGGUGUGAACAUUCUUAUGGUGCUCAUGUUUCGAUACCCAUCUACUGAUAGUGUUGAACGAAUCAAGAAAAAAAUUGAAACGACUUUAUAUCAAAGUCUGAAGAUCAAGCAGUUACCUUUGACUAUAUAUAAACCGUCAUUUAGUCUCACACCUAUUGACAGCAAAAAGAUGAGAAAUCUUCUCAAUAGUCGAUGUGGGAUAAGGAUGUCAUCUUCAAACAUGCCAUUGCCAGCAUCCUCUACUACUGAACGAAUUGUCCAAGGAAGGGAAACUGCUAUGGAAGGGGAGUGGCCAUGGCAGGCCAGCCUACAGCUCAUAGGGGCUGGCCAUCAGUGUGGAGCCACGCUCAUCAGCAACACAUGGCUGCUCACAGCAGCUCACUGUUUCUGGAAAAACAGAGACCCUAGUAAAUGGAUUGCUACUUUUGGUACAACUAUAACACCACCUCUAGUGAAAAGAAGUGUUGGUAAGAUUAUCAUCCAUGAAAAUUACCACAGAGAAAGCAACGAAAACGACAUUGCGCUGGCCCAGCUCACCACCCGUGUAGAGUUUUCAAAUGUGGUUCAGAGAGUCUGCCUUCCAGAUUCGUCUAUGAAACUGCCACCAAAAACAAGUGUGUUUGUCACGGGAUUUGGGUCUAUUGUAGAUGAUGGACCUACACAAAAUAAACUUCGGCAAGCCAGGGUGGAAACCAUAGGCACUGAUGUGUGUAACAGAAAGGAUGUGUAUGACGGCCUGAUAACUCCGGGGAUGCUGUGCGCUGGAUUCAUGGAAGGAAAAGUAGAUGCAUGUAAGGGUGAUUCUGGUGGACCUCUGGUUUAUGACAAUCGGGACAUCUGGUAUAUUGUGGGCAUAGUAAGUUGGGGACAAUCAUGUGCUCUUCCAAACAAACCUGGAGUCUACACAAGAGUGACUAAGUAUCGAGACUGGAUAACCUCCAAGACCGGCAUCUAAAGCAGACUCAUGAGACAGAGCCAUGGCACACAGAGCAGGAUGCCUGCAGAUUGUAUAUUAUCACAUAGAGUCGUGAGUUAUAGUCACGGCACACAAAACAGGAUGCCUGCAGAUUGUACAUUAUUACUUAGAGUCGUGGGGGUUAAAUCGGUGCUUCUGCCAGAUAUCAAGAAACUCAUCAGACCUAAGCCAACUUAAUAUCAUGAGGUGGCUUUUGUGUAUAUAAACUCUCUACAAAGAAGGAAGAAGACAUGGCUAAUGACAGGUAGCACCAAUGCCUCACUCAUAAGGGUGACUCCUCAGUGUGACAAACACUUACAAAUGGCUUCCCUCAGGACAUAAGAGCUGCCAGGCUGCUACAACCUUACCUCGUGUGAUACACAGAGCUCCAGGGCUCAUCUUGCAAACAUCAGUUAACAUCUUCCCUAGGGAUUCAAGACACCAGCAUUCUAGAACUCAUGACUGGACAUUCAGUUACUAGAAUGAAGGCGCUUGGAACCUGCGGUAAAACUUGAACUCUAACCUGGGUUUGCAUCUGACAGAGCAGAGCAUUAUUCCCAAGCACAGGAACUGUCAUUAUUUAAAUGCAUAUGAACUUGCCAUAACACCAUAAAAUACCCUCAAGCACUAGCCUCAGGAAGCACUUUUGCAUUGUUAAGAAUCAUUUCUAACUUAUUCUUUAGCAGUAUCUUGCCAUCCACAUAUCAAUCGUAGUCAGCCCA